AUGAGACUGAGAAGAACCAGGCUGCAGUUUGCAAAAUAAUAAAAAAGACAUUAUUCACAGAUGCACACCCAUAAAUUUAAAAAUGAGAGAGAAAAAAUUGUGCUGUGGUCUCUUAAUGUUUUCCGCGGCUGUGUAUACAGAGAGCUGUUAGACCAGGGCUGCUCAUUGCUGCUCAUUGCUGCUCCUGCAGCUCCAGCACCCUGCAGAGCUUAGCUGCAGCAUUAAUUAACACACCUGACACGGAUAAUCAGGCCCUUCAGUGGCAUCUUGGUAUUAGAGCCAGUUAUGCUGAAGCUAAGUAGAUGUGCAGAAGCAGGGUUAGCCGUCCCUGCACUACAGACUGGUUCUGUAAACAGUGAUGUCUAACAGCCUCCAUUCCAUCCUUGUGAUUUGCCAGUUAUUUUGUCCUGUAUCCACCAGAUCAUGCAUUACAGGCAAUAGCAGGCUGUUAGUUUUUCUGAAGAAAGUGUAGAUUAUUAGAGAGUUGGAUGUAACACAUUUGAUGAAAUGAACACCUUAAUACCUCCACUACUUGCCGUCCCACAGGUCAGUGUGGCAGUAUGCUGUCUCUGUCCCGUCAUGGUGCCUGCAGUCCACCUAGCUGUUAAGGCUAUUGCCGAACGUUGAAUGUAACCAUGGAGUCGAAAGACGACCCGGAGUCCAUGACAGUGCCACCUGAAGGCAUCCCUGACCUGGAAUGUGCCAUCUGCUACAGCCAGUUCAACAAUGUCUUCCGCACACCCAAGAAGCUGCAGUGCAAGCACACCUUCUGCCUGGAGUGCCUGGCCCGCAUGAACGUCAAGUCGUCUCAGCCCGACACCAUCCAGUGCCCGUUUUGUCGGGCUCUUACCCCAUUACCCACCCUGGGACUCCCCAAGUUGGACAAUGACACGUCCAUCAUGUCCAACCUCCCGGAGGCCAUGCAGCACGUGUACAGCAUCCGCUUCAUCCGCAGCAAAGCCCGGCUGCAGGUGAAGCACCCCCAGCGGGUGGUGCCGCUGCCCCAGCUUCGCACCGUCAGCAGCUCCCUGGAUGUGGGUCCCCCGAGCACCACCAGCCAGACUGGCAGCCAUGAGACUGGCACCCGUCACAGGCUGCCCUGCAUGCCGCCUUGCAAAAUGUUCAUCAUGGUAGUCGUGGUUCUCCUCAUUGUCUCAUUCAUCUGCAUUAUCAUCAUCAUGACGAAAACCUCCUAG